ACUUGGGUUAUUGGUAGGUGGAAAACAAGAAAUCUGCUUCAAAACAAACAAUUUCACCGAGGCGCGUUAUUGUGUGCCGCUUUUUUCGCGGCUUAAUUUAAUCAAGUAUUUAACGGAUAAUCGAAAUUCUUAAGUGUCGAAUUAAUUGUCGCACAGGUGAUCGAAUCAGUACCUUAAUCAGCAAUGGGAUCCUCCAGCUCUGAUAGUGAACUAGAGCGCAAACAUCGGAAACACAAGAAAAAGGAGAAACGGUCCAAAAAGUCGAAAAAGGAGAAAAAACACAAAAAAGAAAAGAAGCACAAACGCCAUCGCCGAACGCGCUCAUCGUCAUCUAGCACGGGAAGUGAAAGCGACGAAUGGGUUGAAGCUUUACCCGCUAAGGAUGCAAAGCAAUCACCGCAACAGCCCCCCGAAGCAAAGCUUGAGCGUGAAGAUUGGAUGAACAGUAUGCUAAUUCCAACUUACACAAGGGAACCCAAAAAAGAGGAAAAGAAAAAUCCGACCAGCGAACAGUACGAUCCCAAAACUAGCGUCCGUGAGCUUAAUCCACACUGGCGAAACGGUGGCACAGGAUUGCCCAGCUUUCGUAGACCGGCGAAUGACGACGAGGACGACGAUGAUGCGUCUCGGUAUCAUCGGACGGCUGACCCGGCGCAACCAAAUCGAACGAGCAGUGCUGGAUGGAAAAAAUCAGCUAAAGAAAAGCCCCAAACAUCGGAACUAGCGCGUGAGUUGAAGGAUGAAAAACCGACGGAAAGUGUUUCUAAAGCCGAUCAUGUUGAUGAAGAAUUUCUAACCGACGAACAGUUAAAUGAGCUGGGAGCUAAAAUAAUUAAAGCAGAACUGUUGGGCAAUACCGCACAGGCAGAAACUUUGAAGCUUAAGUUAGAGAAAGCCAAAGCGUAUCGAAGCGAGAUGCAGGCCAACAAAAAGCAGCAAUCGACCCGAGAUACGGCUCACAAACGAAGGAAAAGCACUGAAGACACCGUUACGUACGUUACGGGCAAACAGUUCAGCGACACCGAACGAGCCAAUGCUAGAAAGCAAAAGCGCUAUCAGCAAAAUCUACCACCCGGAUCCGAUCUGUCCGAUAAGUUUCGCUCGGAGCGUCUCGAGAACGACAACAUGGAUGCCCAGUUCUUCAAAGUUUCCUCCAAGCUGGGUGAUGGGAAGCGAUUGGAGAACAUAUUUGACCACCAGAAGGCUUCCGCCACCGCGACCGGUAAUGUGGAUUCGAUCGAGGAACGUACGGUUCGUGAUAUGAACCGAAUGUCCAAGGCGCAGGCCGACUGUGAACGUUGCCUAAAUUCAUCCAAGUUUGGCCACGAGCAGCUCAUUUCGAUGGGCAAAAAUGUGUAUCUGGCCAUACCGACGUGGCGUGCCUUGCAACCGAAACACUGUUUUAUUGUGCCGGUAGGACACUACCCUUGCCUAACGCAGGUGGACGAAGAUGUGCACCAAGAAAUAGUGGACGUGUGUAAAGCGUUGGUUUGCAUGUUCCGCAAGCAUGGAAUGGAGGUGAUAUUUUUCGAAACCGUACGGUAUCUGAACCGUAAUCCUCACACGUACAUCCAGUGUGUGCCGGCGACGGAUUACGAGAUGGCUCCGUUUUACUUUAAAAAAGCGAUCCUAGAGUCGGAAACGGAGUGGGCCAUGAACAAAAAGCUACACAACGUGGACGGGUUUAACGUGCGGCGUACGAUUCCGAAGGGAUUGCCCUACUUCUGGGUUAACUUUAAUAUGGAAAAUGGGUUUGCGCACGUUAUCGAGGAUCAGGAAAUGUUCCCGGUCACCUUUGCAACAGAAACAAUUGCCGGCAUUCUUGGGCUGGACACGAGAGAUUGGCGCAAACCACGCAAGGAAAUGAAUCCGGCACAAAAAGUCGACGAGUUUAAGCAGUGGUGGCGAGAAUAUGACGCAGUUCUACAGCAAAAAUAACUAUAAGCUUAGAAAGUGUCAAAAUAACGCAUUAUCGAUGAAAUAAAACUUAUUUUAACUUA